UAUAUAAUGGUUAUCGCUGUCUCGAUCCUGCAGGCGAACGUAAACCACUGUGUCGCGGCUCAAGAUCUACUGAUUCAGACCGCGACGCAGUGGAAGAUCGACGUAGCCAUAGUCGCCGAGCCAUACUACGUUCGCGACCGCGACGAUUGGGCGGGCGAUCGCGACGACUCGGUGGCUAUCGUCGCCUGGAGGCGCACCGGCCCCGCACCUUUCGAAAGUGUAACGAAGGGCCGCGGUUGGGUCCUAACGUCGCUAGGCGACGUUGUAGUGAUCGGGGUGUACUUCGCGCCGAGCAGGAGUUUUGCCGAAUUCGAGCGGAUGCUCGCCGAAGUCGGCGCUCUGGUCGUCGACGUGCACCCCACCCCUGUAGUGGUCGCCGGAGACUUCAACGCCAAAUCUAGGACGUGGGGUUCACCGGCAACCGACCUCAGGGGGGAGACUCUAGCGGAUUGGGCAGUGUCCACAGGGCUCGUCCUCCUAAAUAGGGGUACGGUCCAGACGUGCGUGCGGAGUCGGGGCGGGUCUAUCGUAGAUUUGUCGUUCGCGAGUCCCGCCCUGGCCCGCCGCACAAGGAGUGAGGCGGCCAUCGUGGAGAGGUGGGUCGCUAAUGGUACCACGAGCUCCCUGGAUGCGGACGAGAGGUGUGAGCGGCUCGUAGGAGCGUUAACUCGCGUCUGCGAUGCGGCGAUGCGGCGCGCUGGUCCUGCCCUCCCAAGGACGCGGGUGUACUGGUGGAGACCUCACCUGGCCGGGCUUCGUACGACUUGCCAGAUGGCUCGCCGCAGGUACACCCGCAGCCGCAGAAGAAACAGUAGGGACUUCGACCAGGAAGAGAUCCUCCUCGCCGCAUACCGGGCUGCUCGUGCGGCACUCACCUCGGCCAUAAAGGCCGCCAAGGAGGAAGCCUGGAAGGAGUGGCUCGACAGCCUAAUUCCUGGGCGGGUUCUCGCCCAUGUCGUGCCGGUCCUCAAAGAGGAGACGCUGGCCCUGCUGUCGGAGUGUUUGGCAUCCGGGAGGAUCCCGCGGCGGUGGAAGAAGGGGAAGCUGGUGCUCCUUAGGAAGCAUGGGCGCCCGGCUGACUCUCCGUCGGCAUACCGCCCCAUCGUGUUGCUCGACGAGGCGAGCAAGCUAUUCGAGCGAGUACUCGCUGCGCGCCUCGUCGCACACAUGGAGGCGGUCGGGCCCGACCUGAGCGGCGCCCAGUUCGGCUUCCGGCGCAGGCGGUCCACCGUCGAUGCCAUCACCCGACUCAGAGACAUGGUCGAGGAGGUUGUCGGCCAGGGUGGAGUGUUGUUGGCUGUGUCGCUCGACAUCGCGAACGCCUUUAACACGAUCCCCUGGACGACAAUCGCGGAGGCGCUGAGAUACCACCGCGUCCCGGGGUAUCUCAGGCGAGUCCUCGCGGACUACUUCGUCGACCGGGCUAUCUUCUAUCCGGCCCAGGACCAGGUAGUCCGCCGGGACAUGACGUGUGGUGUUCCACAGGGGUCGGUCCUCGGGCCGCUCCUGUGGAACAUCGGAUACGAUUGGGUCCUACGCGGUGCCAAUCUCCGGGGCGUCGGCGUCAUUUGUUAUGCCGACGACACCCUGAUCACCGCGUCGGGACCAACGUUUCGCGACGCGGGUGUGCUCGCAACUGCGGGCACAGCCCACGUGGUGCGCCGCAUCAGGGCCCUGGCGGGCACAGCCCACGUGGUACGCCGCAUCAGGGCCCUGGGUCUAAAUGUGGCCCUUGAAAAGUCCGAGGCCAUGUUCUUCCAUAGGCCUCGGACUAAGCCCCCCCGUGGAUAUUCCAUCGUGGUGAGCGGCACCCCCAUUGCUGUCGGCGGAACCAUGAAGUAUCUCGGUCUCAUCCUCGACAGCCGAUGGGGGUUCAGUGAGCAUUUCCGGACGCUGGCACCGAAGCUGGUGACGUAUGCGGGAAUGCUCACCAGGCUGCUCCCCAACUGCGGAGGGGCGGGCG